AUGAUUAAUGAAUAUGGAUUUAUUGGAUUUAACAAAAAAGAAUAUCAUUUGUUAACUUUAAAUAAAAAUAAAAUAAUUCAUAAUAAAGAUAUUAUAAAAAAAUAUAAUAAUUUAAAAAAUGUUUUACAUAUACAAGAUUCUGAAAAUGGAGGAAAGGAAUAUUUAUACAACUCUUUGAAUAAAGAAGACAAAAAUUUAUGGAAUAGAUUAACUUCUAAAUUUGGGGUUGUAUUUAAUAAAAAUAUCUUAACAAAAUUCUUCUGUGUGGGUACAUUUUGCUUGGCAUUAUACCCGGUUUACACAAUUUUACUAAAUAAAAAAAUUGAAUUUAUUAUUAGAAAUAUUUUUAAAGAAAACUUAUUUUGUCUAAAUAUUCCAAACAAAAUCAAACGUCAUUUUUUAUCCAUAUCGCUUGCUGAAUUCAGAUCAUCGCCAUUUUUUCUUUCAACAAUUUUGGUUUUAUCAUAUUCUUUAUAUAUUAUUUUAAAGGUUUAUAUAGAAAAAUAUAGAGAAGCAAAAAGGAUCAAGUCAGCAGUUGAGGAUUACAAUAAAAAUAAAGAUGAAUACAUAAAUACAGGAAGAGAUUCAACAGAUGAGAAUUAUAGCUCAGAUUAUUACGAUGAUAUAGAGGAAAAUAAUGAUUUUAAUAAAAAUCAUUAUUAG